AUGAAUUCAGGAAAGCUGUUAUCUCUUCAUGAUGGAGAUAUUCUGCACAAUCCAGAAGAAUAUAGGAGUGUUGUAAGAGCAUUACUGUAUGUGACAAUUACUAAACCUGAGAUCAGUUUUUCAGUCAACAAACUAUAUCAGUUUGUUCAUUCACCAAAGACAACUCACUGGAAUGCUUGUAAAAGAUUGCUUAGAUACUUGAAAGGUAAUGUUAACUGUGGUUUGCAUCUAAGAGUUCUUGAAUUGAACAAGCUGGUGUUUCAUGGCUUUGCUGAUAGUGAUUGGGCAAGCUGUCCUGACACUCGAAGAUCCUGCACAGGAUACUGUGUUUUCUUUGGGCCUAAUUUGAUAUCUUGGAGUUCAAAGAAACAACCUGUGGUUUCUAGAUCUAGUACUGAAGCAGAGUAUAAAGCAUUGGCAAACAUUAUAGCUAAACUCAGCUAG